AUGGGAAAUAUGAGCAACAAACAAGUUGCCAAUGGCAAUACCCUUCAUAUAAAUAUGAAACAAUCUCAAGCACUCAAAGAGAACCCAAAUGUCCAUCGAAAAUCGGAUGAGUUUGGCGGAAAAUCACCUUGCCAAGUAGCACAGUUAGCUCUUGCUGCGCCUGAAGAGGACACCUUUGAUUUAAUCAUUCGUUUCGUUCGUGUGAGCACCGCCGAUGAAAUCUCAAGAGUUUGCGAUGUGAGUGGCCUUCCGGUUCAAGCCAAAAAUGAGGCGAUUUUGGAAUUCCAUAAUGGAAACUUGGAUCGAUGUGCCUCUAUUCUGACAGAAGCGGCUAAACAGAAACAGCGGGAGAGCACAAGAGAACUAUCUGGAGAUGCCGGUGGCAAGCGUAUGAUCAAAUCGGAUCAUGGAACUUAUUUAAGAGCCUAUGACGGAGAGUGGAAGGUCGAUUUGAUGCGCGGUAAUCCAGAUGCAUGGGAGCAUUGGUAUGUCGAGGAUUGGGGUUGCAAGGUGGUAUUCAAGGCAAUUCAUUCUCCAGGACGCUUCCUACGUGCGUUGUCUUGUGGGAACGUCGAUCUCGUUCCGACGCAUCCAAAUGGGUGUCCUGAGUUGUUGUGGAAACCAUUUAAGAAUCCAGAUGGCACUUGGUCGUUCCUGAGUACCUAUGGAACAUGGUUGAGCGGCCAUGAAAACGGCUCGGUUUGUUGUCAGUGGGAAUGCAAGUCGUGGGAGAAAUUCAACCUUCCGUGGUGGUGA